UUAACUGUUUCUCUGACGCGUUCAAGGUUUCUUGAUCCGUGCAACGCGCAAACCAUUGUCUGUCGUCGUACCGCCAAAUGUACCAGCACCACUAAAAAACCCAGUCCAUCCAAUAACCCUCGUUCCAAAUUCCGUUUUCGAUUCAAGUAUGAACGCAUCGCUGUGUGUUGUUUUGUUGCUGGCACUCAUCGUGCAAAUCGAUUGUGCCAAGGAUAUGAUGAGGAAGAGCAUUGUUUAUGACAAGAACACGCCGGAUGUGUUCUACUGUCCUAUACACAAGCCCUCGGGAUUCGACAAGUUAAUCGUCAAGGCGAGACCUUUGAAGAAACUGUGUGAGUUCGAGGGUAAGAGAUUACCAGAGGACUACAAGAGCGAUUGUUACCAAGAUGUGGAUGAAUCCGACUAUGCCUGCAAAGAAAAAUACAGGAUAAUGAUGAGAAAGAACCCUCCCGGUUCCGAUGAGCCGUACGAAAACAGUCGGAUGGCACGAUUCGUGGACGUCGACAAAGAGUUUUACAUCAUGAAAAUGGGAAAUCGCCAGGUCAAAAAACAACCGGUCUUCAAGUCCAAAAGGCCGAACGUGUUUUUAAGGAACAGGUUGGGUUAAAUUAGAACACCACGAGGAAAUUUUAUUAACAGAACCAAAGCGAAUCGACUAAUUGACUAAAAAUUAAAAGGGGGACGCAACUAAAUAAAUGCGAAUUGUUUUGUUUUGUAUAUUAAUGUUAUGUAUAUAAUGAGUGUAAUAAAUGCUAAUUUAAGAAAAA